AUGGAUGAUAUCGGCGACAAAGCAGCGGAACGAAUCGAAAUACUUGACAAGAGCAACGGCAGCGACGAGAUAGCACCCCAGCAUGAGAAAAGGGAAGAGCAGGCGAACGCAGACUGCAAGCCUGCUGCGGAAGACACUCAAGCGGAGGACGUCUCGGAUGGUAUAUCGAUCAUAAGCGAUUGCGAGAGCAUUGGACGCAUAUCCCCACAUCCUUUUCUACGCGACCAUCUCAACGAACUUAGCUAUAAAUUCGAGGCAGACCAUGAUCUACCCAAGGAGCGAGUAGAAGCGCCACAUCAACUGCGCGCACGUCAUCAAGUGAAGGACGUAGCCACAGAUGUACCGUUGUUGCUGGAACCGCAGCAAACUCAGCAGCUUAUACGCCAUCGUUUGCCGGUGUUGAUGAAGAAUGGGUUGAAUGCAGUAUUCUAUGUGGGCGCUAUAUUGGCCAUUUUGGCCAUUGUUGGGCGCCUACGCAAUCCGGAGUGGCAAGUGCUUGGCGGUGAGAAAGCGACAGCUGCACUACACCAGCGUGUGGUGGAUCUGGAGCUGCAGAAUAAUCUAAUGCGCGCUGAAAUUGAUAUCAUGAACAAGCAGAUGCAAUAUCUAAGCUCUUUGUCCCAGGGGCAGGGUCAUGGUCAGUCGGAGCAACGCAAACACAAAACCUUCAAGGCCUGGCCAGGCAAUGGAAACAUUGUAGACGCCGUUGACAUAACCAAAGAGCAGCUAAAGCGUCCAUAUAAAUGCGCCGAUGGCAAAUAUGUAGAAAUUGCUGGCAUGUGCUUGGAAAGCGUACCACAGCCCGAAUCUCUAGCCGAUGAGAUUGGUAAAGUGGUGAACGAUGUGCUGCAGCAAUCGCAGGCUUUUCACAAUUUCGAAAAGCUGACCGAGCAGCUAGGCACAAUCACAGGCGAAGGCAACAGCAACAAUGAACACCCGUCGCCCAGUGCACCGAAAACCGCUAAUCCAUCCAAGCCAGGGCCCAUACCUGUGCCCGCCAAGGAGCGCUAUAAGUCCGAUCAAUUCAACUCCAAGGAACGCAAACGCCACAGCAGCAACGAGCACAAACGCCAGCAUGGCAGCCACGAGCAUAAUUCUAAGGAGCGUGGCUAUAAUAAGAAAUAUGCAGAUAAGUCCAAGGAGCAACGCCACCAGAAGCAUCGACAUGGCCACGAUGACGAUGACGAUGACAGCGCCAGCGGCGAGUGGCAUCAACGAUUAAUGCAACAACGCGAACAGGCACGUCAGCGACAAGACCAAAAGCGCAACAACAACAAUUGGUAUAUCGAGCGUGGCGGCAGUCGCGAGCAACGACGCUCCGGCGAAACGCGACGCUAA